UUGUGCUUUAUAUAUUUAUUUAUUAUUUAUUUCUGAGCCUUCAUUUUCAACUCGGUCGCAAAAUUUCUCAAUCGCAGGGGCGAGUUUGAAUCAAUGGAGAGUUUGUUGGUGCGCAAGUGUAUCGAGGUGGCGACCGACAGCCCCGCCGCCAUCGAGAAGUGGCGGAGGCAGCGGCGGACACUUGAGCGCAUGCCGUCGCAUCUUGCUGAGGCUCUCCUCCAACGUCUCCAUCGCCGUCGCUUGCUUUAUCCUUCACUUCUCGAAGUUUUCAAGUACAUUGUAGAAGAAGUCGAUUUGAGGGGUGAUAAAUCCGUAGAUGAAGAAUGGAUGGCGUAUUUGGGUGGGUUUCGAUACUUGCAUUCAAUGAAUCUGGCUGACUGCCACAAAAUCAACAAUGCAGCCAUUUGGAGUACAACAGGCAUGAAGUGUUUAACGGAGUUAAACCUUUCAAGAAUCCCCAAAAUAACAAAUGCUGGCGUUAAGCAUCUAGUAUCAGUUUCAACCCUUGAGAAGCUUUACCUAUCGGAAACGGGGGUUACUGCAGAUGGCGUCAAGGAUCUUGCCUCACUUUCUAAGUUAAUGGUGUUGGAUUUAGGCGGUUUACCUGUGACCAAUUCUGCUCUGAGCUCUCUGCAGGCUUUGAAGAACUUGGAACAUUUGGAUAUCUGGGGAAGUGAGGUAUCUAAUGAAGGAGUCAUUAUCCUCACAUUGUUUCCAAACUUGAGUAACUUAAACGUGGCUUGGACGAGAGUAACCAGGUUGCCGUAUUUGCCUGCUCUUACGCAACUAAAUAUGAGCAACUGCACCGUACAUUCUCUGUCCGAUGGAGAAGAUCUCAAACCCUGUCUAAAGAAACUCAUCCUAGCUGAAGCGAGGAUCACUGAUGAGUCUAAAGUCUUCGAGUGUAUUGAUACGGCUUGGCUCACUUUUUUGGAUCUAUCCUACUCUACCCUCGAGUCAUUCAGCCUUUUGCACUGUGUCAACGCGCUUACCCAUUUGAACCUGAGUGGUAGUGCCGUAACUGAUGAUUCAAUCAAACAUAUUGGGUAUGUCGGAGCAAAUAUAAAGUAUUUGGAUCUCAGCGGUACGAAAGUAACUAUUGAAGGUGUCGCGGCGCUACGGGGAAAGUUUCCUAUCCUCGAGACUCUAGUGUUGGUUCGGACCUCCAUUGGCGAUAGGGCUAUUGCAUAUAUUAGUAUGCUGAAAUCCCUUAAAGCCCUCAACCUAAGCAAUACUUAUGUUAGAGGUUUGAUUUACCAGAAAGGCAAUGAUCCCGAAGAACUCCCGUCAUUUUACGCGCUGCAAAAGCUUAUCCAUUUGGAGAAGUUGCAGUUGGAGGGACUACGCCUCUUAGAUACAGCAGUGCCCGCGCUAACAACUUUGGUCACAUUGAACCAUUUGUCCCUCCGAAGCGUCCAUCUCACAGACGAAACUUUAUAUCACUUAUCAUCUGCGCCAAACUUGAAGCAUCUCGGCAUUUGCGGCGCUGUGCUGACUGAUUUUGGCCUCAGCCAAUUCGUUCCUCCGCGGACUCUUGAAGUCCUCGAUCUGGACGACUGCUGGCUGCUGACGAAGGAUGCUCUUGUGCAGUUCAGUUACAAACAUCCUCGAAUUGAACUGAGGCAUGAGCUGUUCGACCCGAAUGAAAUGCACAGCACCAAACAGUUGUCUUCUCAACGUAAGCACUCGCCCGGCAAGAUGCUGGUGAUUCCUGUUCAAUCCAGUGAGAUUAUUCUGGAUCAGAGGUUGAAAUAUAGCAGAGAAGAAUUACUGGCUUUGCAACCAUCGGUUACAGCAAUUUCGACAUCCGCCAGUCAAGCCGUCAAUUUUCAAUCGUAAGGCGGCACAGCCACCGGAAUUAUAAUUUCUAUUUUGUAACGGCAGUGUGCAACUCUUCCUGCUGCCAAACAUUUUAGGUAUGUUGCAAAUUGUGCUAUUAUGUAAGAUUUUUAGGAUGUUUGGUUUGGUGAAAAUGGAUUUAAAAUGAACGAAUUU